AUGUGGACGACGGUUGUCUUAAUCUGUUCUUAGAGGAGAGAGGCUUAGUAGCAGCAGGUUAGAGGGGCGGCUGCCAUAUUGACUGUAGAGACAGUGCGGUGGAGUUUGCAGGAAUAGAGCAGUGUUACAACGACAAUACCUUUUAUUCCUGGAUGCAUUUUUUAAUUUGUGCUUCACCUCUUUUGUUUUUCUCCCAUUGGAACACCUCUUUCAGCUCUCUGGAUUGAUUCAGGCUAAUUACUGGACCACAGCUCAUUUGGGGGCCAUUUUAGAGCCGUUUGUAGGCCUAGAUUAGCGCGUUGCCUUCCAGCGUUUUACUUGUACUUAACUCAGACACCAAACAAGUAUCAAAAUGAAAGACAGAUUGGCCCAGCUGAAGGAGAAGAGUGACCCUGGAGAGGAGGUGGAGAUCCCAGUGGAAAACCAGGCAUUUAUGGAUGAUUUCUUUGCUCAGAUCGAGGACAUCCGUGGAAGUAUCGAUAAGAUUGACACGAGCGUUGCAGACAUUAAGAAGCUCUAUUCCACCAUCCUGUCAGCACCCACCUCUGAGAAGAAAACACAGGACGACCUGGAGGCCCUGACCAAUGAGAUCAAGAAGUCCGCCAACAACGCCCGCAACAAACUCAAAACAAUUGAAAAGCAGCUGGAGACCAACACAGAUGAGAGGGCCUCGGCUGACCUCCGGAUACGUAAAUCACAGCACGCUAUCCUGGCCAAGAAAUUUGUGGAGGUGAUGACAAAGUACAACGAGGCUCAGAUGGACUUCAGGGACAAAAGCAAAGGCCGCAUCGCCAGGCAGCUGGAGAUCACCGGGAAAGCCACGACGGAUGAGGAGCUGGAGGAGAUGCUUGAGGGGGGCAACGCAGCCGUCUUCAGCGCUGGGAUCACAGAGUCCAAGAUCAACCAGCAGGCUCUGAAUGAGAUCGAGGCGCGACACAAAGACAUCAUGCGUCUGGAGAGCAGCAUCAAGGAGCUCCAUGACAUGUUUGUGGACAUCGCCAUGCUUGUUGAGAACCAGGGUGGUAUGAUUGACAGAAUCGAGAGCAACAUGGACCAAUCAGUGGGCUUCGUGGAGAGGGCUGUGGCUGAUACCAAGAAGGCGGCAAAAUUUCAGCAGGAGGCCCGCAGGAAGCAAAUGAUGAUCUUCUGUUGCUGUGUCAUUCUGGCCCUCAUCCUGGGCUCCUUCUUGUACAGCUUCAUACGCUGACCUUGAGUUCAGCUCCCUCCAUCGUCCUCCUCAGCCAGCCCCCAUCCCCUACCCAGAAACUGGCUAAACAUGUUGACUCUUUACAAUUGGUCCAUUUGAAAAAUAAAUUAUUGAAAAGUAAAACAUUCUAUAUAAUGUUACAACAAAUACAGGUAAAAAAAAGAUUCUGCAUUUUCUACAUGUAUUGAUUGUGAUGUUAUUAAUUGUUUCCUAAUUUUUACAUUUUAUAUUUUUGUGGUUGCAGAUGGGUGUGAAUUAUUUCCACUGUUCAGUUCAGGCAUCACAAGCAGGUCCUGCUUUAAGAGCAACAUUCGUUUUUUAAUUGAUUGAUUGACUUAUCACGGUUAAAAUCACAUUAAGACAAUUCCUUCAUUAGAACAGACAGGACAUUUGACCCCAACUGCAUUGCCUUUCCGGCCCCGUCUAUAAGUGUUUAUUUAUUUUUGUCCUGUUUAAUGUAAUUGACUAACAUUGUUAUUUUUAAGAUUAUCGAUAACCAUGCAUGCAUAACCAUGCAUAAUUAUGUGAUUGCUUUUGUGCGUGCAAUAGUUAGAAUUUGUGUUGUUUUUAGCUGGAAUAUAUUCUACCUUCCUUAAAGGCCCGAAACUCUCUAGACCCUCAAUGCUGCUCCUAAUUUUUAUAUUUUCUUUCUCUUUUCUAAAUUGAAAAUGUAUUUGGCCUGUAUUUUGGAUCCGAACCAUAUGUGUGUUUGGUGUGGUGAAAGGGCCUGAGACUGAUCAACCUCCUCGUAGCAUCAUGUCUUGUCGUGUGUGUGGAUACAGUUCGUUCAUGUCGUUGUUAGGUAGGCCUACUUGAAAUACUGCAGGAAGUUGUAGGCCAUUUGAGAACAUGCAUGUUGGGGUCGUGGCUUUUGUAGCGUUCGUUCUCAGUUUUCAAUAAAUAAAAAUUACAUUACAACAA